UUAAUUAUUUAGUCAUUAGAUAUGAUUGAAUGUAAUUAAAUGUGAAGAAAAACAAAAUGAGUUCAGAAAUUGAUGCAAAACUAGUAAAACAAACUCAAGAGUUGUUAAGUAAAGUAGUGAAGAAACCGGUGAUCACUGAAAAACUAUUGAGAAGACCUCCCUUUAGAUUCCUUCACGACUUGAUUAUUAGUAUUAAUACAAAUCAUGGAUUUUUUAAAGAUCUCUAUUCAGUCAAUGAUUUGAAUGCAGAGAAUGUUAAGGAAAAGGAGGCGAAGAUUGUAUUUCUUGAGAAAGCCAUCGACACAACCGGUUUGACAAUUGGCGAUAUUUUGAGUGCAAAGCCGUCUAAAAUAGUUGCGGGUCUGGAGUGCGAUAAAACCAAUGAAUGGUUACAAACGAUGGCCAAAGCUAUCAUUGAUAAUAAAGACUCGUCCGAUGCUGUCAUACGAGUACUGAACGGAGAAAAGCCGACCAAACGGAACAAUACAGUCGUGACUAAUCAUAAUAUGAAUAAUACUCAUAAUAGCAAAACUAAUAGCAAUAAUAGUAAUAAUAAUAAAAAGAAAACAUUGAAUUCACAAACAAAGAGUCAGAACAAUACAAAUAAGAAAACAAAGAAUGAGAUGAAUGAGAGCAAAGACUUGAAAGAAACGAAAGCAACUAAAAGUGAGCCCAAAAAUACCAUAAAACCAUCAGUUGAACCAAAAGGGGCCAAAAACAAGAAGGCAUCGCCUCUUCUGUCGACAAACAAAACAAAAAACAUUUCAGACAAACAAUCAAAGCCAGAGCUGAUGACUACAAAUGCUUCAAACGGAAGUACUAUGGAAUUACAGCCAACGCCAGACUCAACUAAUAGUGAUAAUAGAGAGGAUUAUAUUAACAAAGAAAUGGAUGAAAGACCUAAUGAUAUACAAAACAAUAAAGAAGUUGUCGAACAAAAGACAUCACCGGUUCGGGUAAAGACUGUCAAACCCAGAUCUCAAGUAUCGGCGUUGCCUUUAAAUCACAUUCAAAACUCAGAGACCGUUAGCACAGUCGGUCCCCCAACUCGUCUCGAGCGCAGUGCUCGACCCAGUAGUUCACGUCCCGCUCCUCCCAGAGUUAUAACAAAGACAACUGAAGAUAAUAAGAUCAUUGAGGCGGAACUCGAAGAGAAGUUACGUCUCAUAAAUGCAAAACCAGUAGAAAAUUUGAUCACUGAAAACACGACCACCGAUGACGACCAAGAAUUCACUGUCACGACUGAUAUCACGAAUGAUCAAAACGACGAAACUAAAGAACAACUGAAUUAUGAAACCAAUAAUGACAUCCAAAAGGGAAGUCUAGUCAAGCAAUUAGUCGAUACUAAAAAAGAAUUGGAAGGCAAUCAGUCAUCAGAUGUUCCCAACAAUGACAAGAAGAUUACAAAACAAACCAAUAAAGAUAUCGAGAAAUUACGACAAACUAUACAAUCAUUGAGUCAAACGGCCAGUCCUUUAGCAAAGAUUCUCGAUUAUCUUCAGGAAGACAUCGAUUCCAUGCUCUUUGAGCUCAAGUCAUGGCGAGAGGAGUAUAAAAAUAAUAUGAAUUUAUUGCAAAAGUCACGAACAACUACUUUGGAGGCUUUAGAACCAUUCAAAUCGGAACUCAAUGUAUUAGAUGAAGAAAUUUUGUUACAAAUGGACAAAAUUAGUGUAACUAAAGCUAAUAUCAUUAAAAAUGAUGAAAAAUUACAGAAAAUGGUUUUAAUUAUUAAUCGAUUGUAA